UAUCAAUGAGCUCUUGCAUAAGGGUGCCUCAGACUCUCAAUCAAGAGAGUCUAGGCCCUUUCUCCAUAACCCAAUAAGCAUGGACAUAACCCUCUUUGGUACUACACCAAAAGAAGCUCAAUUCUUGAUCAACUCCAAUUCCAAUAAUGAUUACGCAACUACAACAACCAUAGGCAAUAUGCAAACCACAACCACCAUUAAUAAUCAUCUCAACAGUCACACCUCAACUAGCGGCAUCUCCUCCGACUCGGUGGCGGCGGCGGCGGCAACCGAGCCAUGGGGCGGCCAAUGGGCCUCAAGGCUUCUAAAGGAGUGCGCAAGGGCAAUAUCGGAAAAGGACUCCACCAAAAUCCACCAUCUUCUUUGGAUGCUCAACGAGCUCUCUUCCCCUUACGGAGAUUGUGAUCAGAAGCUGGCGUCUUACUUCUUGCAGGCUCUCUUCUGCAAGGCGACGGGCUCCGGUCUCCGGUGCUACAGAACGCUGAGCUCGGUGGCUGAGAAGAGCCGUUCUUUUGAUUCAGCUAGGAAGCUAAUUCUGAAAUUUCAAGAGGUUACUCCAUGGACGACUUUUGGUCAUGUUGCCUCAAACGGCGCAAUUUUGGAGGCCUUAGAAGGGGAACCGAAGCUUCACAUAAUUGACAUAAGCAAUACCCUUUGUACACAAUGGCCUACUUUGCUGGAAGCCUUGGCCACGAGGAACGACGAGACGCCACGGCUGAGGCUCACCGUCGUCGACGUGAUCAGCUCCGCUGUAGCGGGUGGUGGUGCGGUGAUGAAGGAAAUCGGUCAGAGGAUGGAGAAGUUCGCAAGGCUUAUGGGCGUUCCCUUCGAACUUAACAUGAUAUCAGGGCCAAAUAGGCCAAAUAGUACUCGCCUAACGAGGGAAGCACUCAGAGUGCGAGAUGACGAGGCCGUCGCCGUGAACUGCGUCGGGGCGCUGAGGAGAGCGGGAUUGGAAGAGAGGGAGGCUGCGGUGAGGGUCUUCCGCUCUCUGGAUCCGAAAGUCGUGACAAUCGUUGAAGAAGAAGCCAAUAUGGUCGCCGCCGCGGUUGCCUCGGGAAACAAUGACGACGAAAAUGAUUUUGUGGAACGCUUCGAGGAGUGCCUUAGAUUUUACACUCUCUACUUCGAGAUGCUGGAAGAGAGCUUUUCUCCGACGAGCAACGAGAAGCUGAUGUUGGAGAGAGAGUGCUCAAGAGGGAUAGUUAGGGCUUUGGCUUGCGGCGGCGGCGGCGGCGACUACGACGAUGAAAACAAAGAACAAGGAGAAGGAGAAGAGACUAAUUACGCCGUCAAAAGCGGAGACGGGUGGGACUUCGAGAGGAGAGAGAAGGGGACACAAUGGAGUGAGAGGAUGAAGAAGGCAUUUUCGCCGGUUCUGUAUAGUGAUGAUGUUGUGGAUGACGUCAAGGCAUUGCUUAAGCGGUACCCAUCUGGUUGGGGACUUGUUCUACCUCAGGCUAAGCAACAACAACAAGAGCAGCAACAAAAUGAUCAUGGCAUUUACUUGACAUGGAAAGAAGAGCCUGUGGUUUGGGCUUCAGCAUGGAAACCCUAAUGAUGAUGAUGAUGAUGAUGAUGAUGGUGAUCAUUAUUGAUCAAAAGUGCAUGCCCAAAAGUACUAGGCACAUUUUGCUAGCUAGCUAGAUAUUGUAUAUCUAGGAUUGUUAGUACCACUUUGAUGAUCAACAUCACCCAGAAUUUGUGAAUCUUUAUUGCCUAGCUAUAGGCAUUAUUAUGUUUGUGAAAGAUGGUGAAGAUUGUUAUAUGAAG